AUGUCAGCAGCUGUUGCAGCAGAACCAGUAAAGAAGAACCAGAAAAGUAAGAAUAUUGAUUCAGUCGCCGAAGCUGGAACAAGUGGCAAAGAUUCACCACAUCCUGACGUAUCAGUGAAAAUUAAUGGCCUGACUGCUUCUCUCGAUAAUGGACUGAUAACUAUCUCAUUUGAUAGUCGCGCUACUGUAUCUUCUUUAUACAAAAAUGGCAAAAACCGUGUAGAAAAUGUAGCUGCUGGUGCAACUUUUUAUCUUGAUUGGUAUAACAGUACUUUUAAUCAAUUUUCUCCUAGUUCGCUUCAAGUGAUCAGCAAAUCAGCUAAACAUGCCCACAUUAUGUAUCUUCAAGACAGUCCUGGAUUUUUGAAGCUUGAAUAUCAUUUGAUAAUCGAACGAGGAUUGAGUGGUCUUUAUACCUACGUGAAAAGCACAAAUAACCAAGAUCAUCCUCUAACAUUUGACGAGCUGCGUGUCAUUUAUCGAUUUAAUCCUAAAGCAACACACCAAGUCACUAAUAGCGUACAACAGGGUAUCUUGCCAGAUUCAAGUGUGUUGACCAAUGACAAAUUAAUUCAGGAUACAACAUGGAGACUUAAAAAUGGUACUAUCUAUACCAAGUACGACUAUGCUGGUUAUAUAAGAAAUUCAACAUAUUUGGGAGUAUUUGGGGAUGGGUAUGGUGCUUGGUUGAUAUCCGCUAGCCCUGAAUACCACUCUGGUGGUCCUCUAAAACAAGACCUUCUAGUUCAUGAGGAUGCUCUAAUAGCAAACUAUAUGACAGGAUCCCACUUUGGAACACCAGCACUACAAGCACCUGUUGGCUGGUCAAAAAUUUAUGGCCCCUGGCUGCUUUACUUUAAUGAGGGAACGGAUGAUAAGAUGAAGGCAGAUGCAAUUCGUCAAGUUAAAUUGGAAAAGGGUCUCUGGCCUUAUAAGUGGAUGAAGGAAGCGGAUUAUCCACUUAAACGAGGUGCACUAACUGGUCGGAUCAUUGGACCUCCAAGAAGCAUGGUUGUACUUUCAUCUUCCUUGAAAGAAGAGUUUGACCUGCAGACUCUUGGAUAUUCGUAUUCCACGGAAACGAACGGAAAUGGUGAUUUUCAUCUGGAAAAUAUCAGGCCUGGAAGAUAUAAGUUAACUGCAUAUCCCAUAGCAGGUUAUGGAAUUGGUUUCCAGGCAGAAAAACAGAUAACCAUAACUGCAGGAACGAUUAGAGCCACUUUGAAUUUAUCGGUUCCCACAAAAGUAAAGUGGUCCAUUGGAGAAACAAAUAGACGAUCAGACUCAUAUCGUUAUAGUGACAAGCCAAGAAAUUAUAUUUGGCAUACUUUAGCACCAGCAAAUCUAGAAUUCCGUAUUGGAAAAAGCGACAUCCAUACUGACUGGUAUUAUGCACAAACUAAGCCGGGAACUUGGAAUAUAAGGUAUCAUGAUAUUGUAGAUGGCAAAAAUAGAAUUUUACGAAUUGGGAUAGCAGCGGCAAGUAAAGUUAACCCCAGCGAUUCAGGGAUUCCUAUUUUUGCUGUGAGUGUUAAUGGUCAUCUAAUGAAAGAAUUUCACUAUGAAAAUGAUAAAUCUAUUUAUCGGAGUGCACCACAAAGCGGAAAUUUUCAUGCUGAAUAUAUAAACAUACCCAGCAAUCUGGUAACCACUGGAGAUAAUGUUAUAAGUUUAACUGUUCGCCAUGGACUGCUUAUGUACGAUAGCAUAAAUCUCUCAAGCGAUGAAUAG